UCAAAUCUGUACCAUCUGACGCUCAAGGAUUUAUGGGUUUAGUCAAAAUUGCUUUUCCCACUGUGCAGAUUAAGCACCGUAGGAUGUUUUCCACUCAGGCCGUAGAAUAGCCCAGUGUGCUGCUGUCGCCGCCGCUGCUUCUCUUGCUGUUUUUCUCCUUCUUAUCGGCUCAGGCGCUGGAGAUGGGAAUGUAUCAGGAAGGCAGAGUGCUCCGAACCCUGGAGGGGAGUGGAUUCUGAUUGACAGGAGAGGUCCGUCCUCUGGGGAAUGUGAACCAUGCAGGUGGAUGCGGCGUUUGUGCUCUUCUGUGUUUGGCUGGCGGGCGCAGCUGGGAAGAUGGUUCAGUCAAGAGGUCACAAGCUGGAAACCUACAAACAAAGCAGGUUGCGAAGAGACACCAGGAUGGAUGGCGGAGGAGGUCACAAAACUGGAAGCCCAAUUUACAAGCGAAGCCCAGACAUGACAAAAUCUCUGAUGACAAAAUCUGAGCAGCUCCUGAGAAUAGACGAUCACGAUUUCACCAUGAGGCCAGCGUUUGGAGGUCCCCCAAUUCCUGUUGGUGUAGAUGUUCAGGUUGAAAGUCUGGAUACCAUCUCAGAGGUGGACAUGGACUUUACCAUGACGCUGUACCUGCGUCAUUACUGGAAGGAUGAGCGGCUUUCCUUUCCAAGCACCAACAACCAGAGCAUGACCUUCGACAGUCGCCUGGUGAAGAAAAUUUGGGUUCCUGACAUGUUCUUUGUUCACUCUAAGCGCUCUUUCAUCCACGACACCACCACCGACAACGUCAUGCUGAGGGUUUAUCCUGACGGCAAUGUGCUCUACAGUCUCAGAGUCACAGUCACUGCUAUGUGCAACAUGGAUCUCAGCCGCUUUCCCCUGGACACCCAAACCUGCUCACUGGAGAUUGAGAGCUAUGCGUACACAGAUGACGACCUGAUGCUUUACUGGAAGAAAGGAAACGAAUCCCUGAACACAGACGACAGAAUAUCUCUGUCCCAGUUCCUCAUCCAGAAAUUUCACACCACCACCAAGCUGGCUUUCUACAGCAGCACAGGCUGGUACAAUCGUUUGUACAUCCACUUCACCCUGCGGCGCCACAUAUUCUUCUUCCUGCUGCAGACUUACUUCCCUGCUACUCUCAUGGUUAUGCUCUCCUGGGUGUCGUUCUGGAUUGACCGAAGGGCUGUCCCCGCCAGGGUACCACUAGGCAUCACCACCGUGCUGACCAUGUCCACCAUCAUCACCGGGGUCAAUGCUUCGAUGCCUCGGGUCUCCUACAUCAAAGCUGUGGACAUUUACCUCUGGGUCAGUUUUGUCUUUGUCUUCCUAUCGGUGAUAGAGUACGCAGCGGUGAACUACCUCUCCACCGUACAGGAGAGGAAAGAGAGGAAGCUGAGGGAGAGACUUCCAUGUACAUGCGGCAUUGGGAACCCUGAUGAAAUGAUGAUCGACCCCCAGAUCACUGGAUAUGGGUCCACAGAUGUCAACAUCACAGGAAAUUAUGGGUUGCCAGAAAACGGGGGCCGCCAGGAACGAAUUUUGGCCCAAGUGGCACUGAACGACCCACAGAUCACAGGCCAGGUGAAGGCAUCUAGAGGCUACGUGAACAUCUGGAUAGACACCCAUGCCAUAGACAAGUACUCAAGGGUCGUCUUUCCUGGAGCCUACAUCCUUUUUAACAUCAUCUACUGGUCCAUCUACUUGUAACCUGUGAUGCAUGAAAUGCUGUUUUGUGCAUGCUGGGACAGCAGGAGCUCAGCUCAGGAAAGAUGAUGCUGCACUUGAAGUGUUUGGGACAGAGAAACUGCGCAUGAGAUGCAUGGGGACCACUAACAGAUUGGUGACCAUUGCCUUCUUGACCCAGCCACUUAACACCGAUGAUUAAAAAAAAAAUAUGAGCGACCAACAAACAGGACAGUCAUCGAUAUUGUCACUUCAUCAGUUCUCUGGUUUCUGCUGUACCUAUAGUUCUGGUGACAGAAAGAUAUCUGGAUGCUGUUGUCGCCUGAGGACGCAGAGAUGCACGUACAUGGACUUGUUUCACUCUUCAGGCUAACUACUUCUUUUCAGUUCUAGAUGCAGUGACUCCAAGCACAUUUUCAACACCGAAAGUGUGAACUGAAAACAUACUGACAUUGGCUAGCAUUGCCAGCAAAUAGACGGAUCCUUUUUCCUCUUCUUAUGAGCUACACCUGACAAUCAAUAAGAGACUAAAAAUAUUUAAAGGUAUAAUUUAACAUGUUGAGAAAUAUGUUUGUUUGUUAUCUAGCGGUGAGAAAGCUGAUAUCACUCUCAUACUUGUAAUUAAAUAUAUGUCUAAAUCCAGUAAUAGCCAGUUAGCUUAGCAUAAAAACCCUAACCAGGUGAAAAAGCCAAGGUACUUGUUUCUGUCCAGUGCUAUAAGCUACCAGCAUUUCUAUAAUAACUACAGCAAGUUAUAUAUUUUGACUGAAUCCAUACAGAAACAACCAUAAAAGCCUGGUUUUAUAGGGGGAUUAGUGCUACUAUUUCUCUACCAGUAUAAAUUCUUAGCUAAUGCUCAGAAGUCCUACUAUUUUUCUACCAGUAUGACUGCCUAGCUAACGCUCAGAGGCAAGAAAGAGUCUGGCAAUUAAAUUCCCAACAGAAUGUCAAUUUUUAUAAAGAUUAAAAAAACAGAUUACAUCUUGUUAAUUAGUCAGCCUUUGAGGUGGUAGUUGGCAAAUUUCGCCCAGCUGCUUCCCCCUUUUCCCCAGUCUUGUGUGCUCAGCUCAGCCGUCUCCUGGCUAGAGCUUCAUAUUUACUGCAGACAUGAAAGUGAUAUCAACCCACUCUCCCAACUCUGCACGAAAGCAAAUAAACAUCUGAAUGAAAGUAAAUGUUUUUAUUUAAAAAAAAAGGCUAAUUCAGAGCUUAUUCUUGAAGUUCCACGUUUCCUUUGCAGCAUGUUAAUAUGAUUCAGUUUAGCUUAAAUUUUCUUGUGAAAUUUGUAUCAAUGCAGUUAUUUUGAUGUCAAGCUACUGCGCUCCGUUUGUGUGACUUGACAACGUUGAGUAAAAAACGCAAAGUAAUGCAGUCUAUUAAAACAACAAAUGUAAAAAUGUAUGUUUAGAAGUCCCAUGCACUGACUAUGAUAUUAACUCUUUUUAUUUUUUAAUGUUUCUUCUUUUUAUUUUUAAAUACAACUGAAGCUCAUCUCCUCUGUUUGGUGUUGUGAGGCUUUGAGGUUCGCUGUGACCUGUUAGUUGCUAGUUUUAACGUCUUUUUCAGCUUAAAAACAACUUUAUACUUUGUUAGGCAAAAGAUAUUUUAAAAAAAUAUUACAGGUAUUUAAAACUGUCAUGUAUGGGAAGAU